GAGACGAAGAACGGCAGCGAGCGGAUCCAUCUCCGCAAGCGAGAGUGAUCGAGAACGAUCAAGCGUGCAACAACCCUCACGCUCUGUACCGCGCAGAAGAAUCAGGCCCCAAGCUUCUCACCCCAAAUAGUUCCGUUCAGUCGACGAUGAACCGCGUCAACACCUUCUUCUGGUCCCGGCUUAACCCCACAGGCGAGCUCGUGCGCUCUGUGGACGUGCUUCUACGCGAGCUGGUGCCGGACGACAAGCUGGAUGCGGCAUCUAAGAGCCUCAGCAUCGCUGCGAGCACAGGCGGCGCGCUGGCUGAGCGCAAGCCCGAGUCCAACGAAGCUGUUGAGGCGGAGAGUGAGCCCAGCGCCGACGCCUGCGAACCGGAUUUCGAAGGCAACCCACCACCCGAGGAAGAGUCGAGCGACGAGGAGUCUUCUAGUGAGAAGACUGUGUCCGGUGAGCUUGAGCGCAAGUGGGCCAAGAUUCGCGCGGUGUUCCACGAUUGGGACGAGGAGCAAGGUGACCGUGAGAAGAAGAUGGACGACAUGGGGGAGUUACUACUGCGCUAUCGAGUACUAGAGAAGGUGCUGAUGCCCAAGGUGCUGGGCCAACUGACGUUCGAAACGCGCAAGUACGUGGGCAACGUAUUCCGCGCCAUGACAGUGCACAACCUGCGCGGCUUCAUUGAGCUUAUCAGCGAGCGACCAGACAUUAUGCGGUGGCUAGUCGAUGGCUACAACAACAAUGAGACGGCGCUGAUAUGCGGCUCGAUGCUGCGCGACUGCUUCGAGCAUCAGACGCUUACAAUGAUCUUCUUGACGGAACUCACGCCCGAGUUCGAGUUCCUGUUUAAGGUCACGAUGGAGAACAACAACUUUGACAUUUCCGCCGACGCGCUCAUUAACAUCUCGCGACUACUGACUGUCCACAAGACGGCGACUGUGCAAGUUCUAGAUGAGUCAUUCGACCGCGUCUUUGGGCUUUUAAAUAGUCUGUUGACGUCGCAGAACUACGCUACGAGGAGGCAGGCACUACAGCUGCUGUCGGAGCUGUUGCUAGAUCCCGUAAACUUUGCUGUCAUGCAGAGAUACGUCGCCUCACGCAACAAUUUGAAACAGAUUAUGUUGCUGUUGCGUGAACCCAGUGAGGCCUUGCGAAUGGACGCUUUCCACGUCUUCAAAAUCUUCGUGGCCAAUCCGAACAAGUCGACGGAGGUCGAGCAGCUCCUGGUGCGUAACCGCGAGAAGCUAUUAGCGUUCGUGAGCGAUUUCGGCAAGGCCAAAUCCAGCCGAGACUUCCUUCAAGAGAGGUCGCUGCUGGUGUUCGCGCUAGAGCGAAUGGCCGAGAAAACUCAGGAGCAAGCCACGCGACCAGCGUCCUUGUCGAACGCGUAA